GCUUCCCCGGCCGUCCAAUGGCCGCGCGCCUUGUUAGUCGGCCUACCCGCUUCACUCGUCGAGCGUAGCGCGACCGUUACGGCAACUGUUUCCGUUCUCUCUCCUGCGAAGCGUUUGAAGCCGUUCUCGCCCGGACCGUGUUGUCAAUUUUGGGUGGAGGACUACGACGCCAGAAGCCGAGCCCUCCCCGUGCUGUGUUGGUUUAUGCGCACACACCAUGCCGGAGUUCCUGGAGGACCCGUCCGUCCUGACUAAAGAGAAGCUGAAGACGGAGCUGCUGGCGAACAAUGUGAGUUUGCCGAGCGGCGACCAGCGCAAGGAUGUCUACGUGCAGCUCUACCUCAAGCACCUGACGGCGAAGAACCGGAGCACCCCGGAGUUCUCCAGCGACGACGAGCGGGAAUCUACCCCAAUGAGGGGCCGCGGCCGCCCACCGGGCAGGAAAGCAACAAAGAAGACUGACAAGCCCAGAACAGAAGAGAAAGAUAAUUUGGAUGUAACAGAGCUUAGCAAUGAAGCAUUAAAAAAUGAACUUGUUAAAUAUGGAGUGGCACCUGGCCCAAUUAUAGGAAGUACAAGGAAAGUUUAUGAACAAAGGCUUCUUAAACUUAAAGAGCAAGCAAGUAUUGCAGCCCCCUCACCUUUGGUAGCAGAUUUGUCAUCAGCAGGCGAUAACAAGCAAAAUGGAAACACUGAUUCUGAGCAUUACAGUGACAAUGAAGAAGAACCCAAGAUAGACAUGACCUUUGAAAAAAGAGAACCUUUGAGGAGCAAACAAAAAGCUCAGGUGACAGUUCGCAGUAGAAGAACAGAGAUAACUGAGACAAUUGAAGACACAGAUGACAUACCAGAGCUAAAUGUCAAAAGAAGUAAUAGGUCUCCCCCUGUGGAGUUUACCGCUGAAGUUGAAGAAUUAUUCACCAAUGAUCUUAGCACUUCUGAAGAUGUGGUUAAUGAACCUGCGUGGACACCUGGACCUUUGAAAAGUGGACGUGUUCAAGCUGUUUCUAAAGAAAUAACAAGAGUGUCACGAAGAACACCAAGGAAAAGGGAUGUAACUGCAGAUUCAUUGCCGUUUGAUGCAGAUAUCACAGAGACUACUUCAAAAACUGAAACUAUUACGACUGCAAGCAACCAAAUUCCAGCUUAUACAGCAUAUGAGCAUUUUGAAUCACGACAGGUUCAUAAUCAGGUUCCUGAAACUUUCAAGCAUAAAGAGACAUUGCUUUCAGUCAGCGAAUACUCAGACUUGUCAAGAAGGACCCCAAAGAAACAGCUGAUGAGUGAAAAAUGCAUGAAAUUGUUACAGCAAACCGAAGCAGGUACUCCUCCUAAACGGGUGAUUGAUGUUGAUAUAAUUGGUUAUUCAAACUCCAGUGAUCUUCUGAACACAGCCUUGAUAGAGGUUGUAGAAAAAACAUUUGAAGAGAAAAUAACCGAAAAGGAUAUCCUUAAGGAAAUGUUCCCACAUGAAGUUUUAACUCCAACAGGAAUCAGUGCCAGUUGUAGGAGACCAAUUAGAGGAGCUGCUGGCCGACCUUUAAGUCUAAAAGAUUAUAAAAUUGACGAAAGUUAUACAAAAUAUGUUUCGUCUAAGUACACACCAGUUUUGGAAGUGAAGACUCCAUCUGUGAAUGUGAAGAGCAGAAGAAGCAUACCUAUGUGGAUAAAGAUUUUGCUGUUUGUUAUUGUGGCUGUGUUUUCAUUUGUUGUUUAUCAAGCAAUGGAAACAAAUGAAGGGAAUCCCUUUUCCAAUAUUCUAAAAAAACAGCUUGAAUCAAGUAAAACUGAGAACUGACUUGGUGCAUUAACAGUUGAAUAUUUUUAGAAAGUCUAGAAUUACAAAAAAAAAACUGCCAUUUGUCUCAAAGUUUAGAAAUUAUGUGACCGCACUUCAUAAAAUCGUCUGUAUAUGAAUAAAGAUGGUACAUAUGGACAUCUGAAAUUCAUUUUUGACUUUGAACAGCUAGAAGAGGACUGUGCCAUAAUACAUUAUUUUUAUUAGAUAAUUCUGGAACAUUUUGUAGCUUUUGUUGUAUUUCUAUCAUGGAUCCUUCAGUUAAUUAUGAAGACCUUCUUUUUCAAAAAAAUAUGAAAAGAACUGUAACUCAAUGUGAAGCCUUUGUUUCCUUAAUGUUUUUAAAGUAAGAAUUUCACUCAUGCUAUUUUGACAUUCGUGUUGGAGGGGUGGGCAUUGGGUUAGUAUAAGACUGGUAAAUGGGGCAUAUUUUGAAAUAGCUGUGCAGCAUAGAUUGACAUAUUAAUGCUUUUUAAAAAAAUCUACAAUAUCUUUAGAAGAUGGUAACUUUUUAGUACAUUAUGUAAUGUAUUUAUCUGUCGCAGAUUCCUGCAACAAUGCUUUUACUGUGUGUCAUUUGGACUUCACUGAUUUCUAAAAGGCAGUGUUUCUGCUUUUGUAUCAUGUAGCACAGGCCCAAAUCUUGAGCUUUGAAACCUUUUUGUUCCAUUCAAACUACUGUGUGAAAAUAAAAAAUGCAAAUGUAUUCCCAAAUUGGACAUUAUCAGAUCUGAAAAAUUCAGAAUAAUGAAAAUUAGCACUAUUUUUUUGUUUUUUCCAGUACUGAAGAUUAGUGAUUAAUACUUUUUUUGGUGUGCAACGCAGUUUUGUAUUGUGUUGCAGGAAUCUAACUUUCAAGCUGAGUUUCAAUGUCUUUAUUUUAAAGAUGUGGGUUUAUUUCUCUACUUUGGAGUGGUAAAUCAUUUUAGAUAGCAACUGAAUGUCUCUUCAUGUGAUAGUCUUUCCAAGAGAAAAUGAUGCAUAAACUGCAUUAUAAAUUGAUUUCAGAAA